AUGAAGCGUAUGGAAAGCGAACGACGCGAAGUUGUGCAGAACAAGGCAAUGUUUGGCGCGGAACUAGGCGCUGACAACAAGAAGAUCAUUCUGGACAAGGUCUCGGAGACUCUGCAUUGGUUGAAAGCAGACUUUUUGGCUGGAAAGGAAGAGCCGGAUGCAAAGCAAAAGGAGCUUGAGCAGUGGAAAACCUUGUAUUGCAGAAGGUAUACGCUGCGGAAGCAGGUGAUGAGAUAG